AGCAGCAGCAGCAGCAGCAGCAGCAGCAGCAAAGUCAGAGGAUGAUGAUCCCUCCUCCUUCGCCCCCUGGGAUGCUGCAAGUCUACCCUCCUCAUCCUACUCCGCCGGCGGCAGCGUUUCACCUCCCCGUUCAUAGCCCUGUGUCUGUGCCACCUCACAUGGUUCCCGUCCACCUCCAUAUGCCUAUGCGUAAUCAUCAUCAUCAUCCUCACCAGAAUCAUCAUCAUCAACAUCGAGAGCAAGAAGUUGAUGCUGUUGUGAAGAUGGAUCAGCAGAAGGAGCACAAGGAUCAUGGUGCUACUCCCUCCAAAAAUGGACUAUCCCAAGAAGCUACAUUAAAGAUUUUGAAUCAGGUUGAGUACUAUUUUAGCGACUUGAACUUGGCCACCACUGAUCAUCUUAUGAGAUUCAUCAACAAGGAUCCUGAAGGAUAUGUGCCAAUAUCCGUUGUUGCAUCUUUUAAGAAGAUUAAAGCCCUUGUUACUACUCAUUCCCAGCUAGCUACUGUUUUGCGGAACUCAGUGAAGCUUGUAGUUAGUGAAGAUGGAAAGAAAGUAAGACGCCAACAUCCCCUCACUGAAUCAGAUAUGGAAGAGUUGCAGUCUCGCAUAAUUGUUGCUGAAAAUUUGCCUGAUGAUCACUGCCAUCAAAACCUCAUGAAGAUUUUCUCUGCUGUAGGGAGUGUGAAGACAAUCCGUACCUGUCAGCCCCAACCAUCUAGUGGUGGGGCGUCUUCAACAUCUAGGUCUGCAAAAAGUGAUGGCAUGCAUUUUAGUAACAAGUUGCAUGCAUUUGUGGAAUAUGAAUCUGUUGAGUUGGCUGAGAAAGCAGUUGCAGAAUUGAAUGAUGAGGGAAACUGGAGGAGCGGCCUUAGGGUUCGCCUAAUGCUUAGACGUGCAAGAGAGGAGCAUUCCAACGACAAAGAGGGUGGGCAGAAAAAAGGGCGAAACAGGGGUCGGGGCAAAGGACGUGGGCGGGCUCAAUUCCAUAAUAACCAUCAUAAUACUCGCGGAAAUCAUGUGAGCACUCCCCUUUCUGCUUCAAGUAAUUUGCUCAGCAAUGAGCAAGCUGUAGCAAAGCAGCCCCCUGGUCCUCGAAUGCCAGAUGGCACAAGAGGAUUUGCUAUGGGUAGGGGAAAGCCAGUUGCUGUUAAUACCGCAUGAUUAAUAUGUAUACUACACAAUCUUGUAACUGUGUGCAAUGUGAUAAAGGGGUAAGGAGAUGUGUAUUUGGUAUUUGGUGGCAGGUAGGGGCUGUUCAUCUGUGGUUAUUAGUUGUAGUUGAAGAGUAAAAUUACAUGAUUAGUGAGUGUCGAGUGGCCAUUUUCCUAUGAUUUUGUAUGUGGGUAUGGAUGAUGCAAAACCAUAUGCAUAUCUUCGUUUUUUUGUUUUUUUUUUUUUCGUUUUUAGCUUUGAUUGAUGUAGUGUGUCGAUGACAAAUACCCUAUUAUAUAGAGUGAGUGAAGAAGCAAUAAUACUUUUGGUUAGAAUAAUUUGUUUUGC